AUGAAAUUACAUCACAUACCGCUCCUCGCACCCCUUCUCUCUUCACGACCGACCUUCGCCUCCCCGGACCUCUCGGCAUCCCGCCACCUCUGGUACACAUCCCCUGCCCCGGCAACAGACUGGGAAAACGGCGCAUUGCCAAUCGGAAAUGGGCGCCUUGCAGCGACGAUAUAUGGAGGCGUACGUGCCGAAGUCAUCACAUUAAACGAGAACACGAUCUGGUCCGGCCCGUUCCAGGAACGGACGCCUGAGAACGCUCUUGCCGCAUUGCCCAUCGCAAGGGAACUGCUGCUGAACGGGAGUAUCACUGAAGCGGGGGAGUUUAUCCAGAGGGAAAUGAUGCAUGAAAUCGAUAGCAUGCGGGCGUAUAGUUAUUUUGGGAAUCUAGAACUAGGAUUUGGGCAUGACGAGGCGAAAGUAGAAGGGUAUAGGAGGUGGUUGGACACGCGAAAGGGAGAUGCUGGGGUUGAAUAUGUGGUGGAAGGAGUGAAGUAUACACGGGAGUAUAUCGCGAGCUUCCCGGCUGGGGUUCUUGCUGCGCGGUUCACUGCCAGUGAGAAGGGUGCGCUCACGCUGAAUGCGACGUUUUGUCGUGUCUCGGACGCCACGUCGUUGCAGGCUUCUGUGUCGGAUAGAGCACCAUGGAUCAGGUUGAGUGGGACGAGCGGACAGCCUGCUGAGGAAUACCCCAUUGUGUUUAGUGGGCAGGCGAGCUUCGUGGCUGAAGGGGCCCUCUUCACCUCCAGCAACGGCACUCUCACACUUGUCAAUGCCACAACAGUUGACAUCUUCUUCGACGCCGAAACCAACUACCGCUACCCUAGCCAGGAGGCAAUCGACGCAGAGAUCGCCCACAAACUCACCGACGCCUUGAACAAAGGCUACGAUAGGAUUAGGGACGAGGCACUUGCCGACUCGUCAUCCCUCCUCGACCGUGCCUCAAUUGAUUUCGGUAUCUCAACCGACGAAACCAGCGACCUAGCCACGGACGAGCGAAUCGCACUCGUCCGCUCAGCUGGAGGAUUAGACGGGGACCUGGAACUCGCCACGUUAGCAUGGAACUACGGCCGGCACCUGCUCGUCGCGUCAUCACGAAACACCACCGAGGCUAUUGAUUUGCCGGCAAACCUGCAGGGGAUAUGGAAUAACCAGACAACAGCUGCCUGGGGCGGAAAGUACACGAUCAACAUCAACACGGAGAUGAAUUACUGGCCCGCCGGUCCAACUAAUCUCAUCGAGACACAGGAGCCGCUAUUCGAUCUGUUCGCUGUCGCAUACCCGCGCGGCCAGAAGCUUGCAAGGGAUAUGUACAACUGCAGCGGUGUCGUAUUCCACCAUAACCUAGAUGUAUGGGGCGACCCAGCCCCCGUUGACAACUAUACCUCGUCAAGUAUGUGGCCGAUGGGCGCUGCUUGGCUUGCAACGCACUUAUACGACCAGUACCGGUUUACUGGCGAUAAGGCACUCCUGGCUGAUACGAUCUACCCGUAUCUCGUCGACGUUGCAAAGUUCUACCAGUGCUAUACCUUCGAGCACGAAGGGUACAAAGUGACCGGGCCCUCCCUCUCCCCGGAGAAUACCUUCAUCAUUCCAGAGAACUGGACCGUUGCCGGGAACAAAGCAGCGAUGGAUGUUGCUAUUCCCAUGGACGACCAGAUUAUUUGGGAAGUCCUGCACAACCUGCUCGACGCGGCGUCAGAACUCGGAAUCGCCGACGACGACCAUACAGUUUCAGCCGCAAAGUCCUUCCUCCACAAGAUCCAUCCACCACGUAUCGGAUUCCAGGGCCAAAUCCAGGAAUGGCGUCUUGACUAUGAAUCGUCCGCCCCUGGCCACCGUCAUCUCUCCCCCCUCUUCGGUCUGCACCCUGGAGGCCAAUUCUCGCCACUAGUAAAUAGCACUCUCAGCGCUGCGGCAGAAGUCCUCCUUGAAGAUCGCCUUAGCCACGGCUCUGGAAGCACGGGGUGGAGUAAUGCAUGGUUUAUCAACCAAUAUGCACGGCUAUACAGGGGAGACGAUGCCUGGGCGCAGAUCGAAAAGUGGUUUAGCCUCUAUCCGACGAAUACUCUCUGGAAUACGGAUGAUGGGGCAACCUUCCAGAUUGAUGGAAAUUUCGGGGUUGUAAGUGGGAUCACCGAGAUGCUUCUCCAGAGUCACGCGGGUGUUGUGCAUCUCUUGCCGGCAUUGCCUGCGGUUGCUGUGCCGAGGGGAUCGGCGAGGGGGUUGAUGGCGAGAGGAGGCUUUACGGUUGACAUAGAUUGGGAAGACGGGAGGUUGCGGACGGCAGUUAUAAGGUCACUUGCUGGGGGCGCACUGAGGGUCCGAGUACAUGACGGGGUGGAAUUCUUUGUCGAUGGGGAGAAAUACGAAAAGGGCCUGGAGACGGAAGAGGGAGGAGACUUCAGCGACUGGCUUCGUCAUGUCAGAGUACUACCUGCGCUGGGAUAUCAACUCAGGUUGACUUCAUAUAUCAGGGAUCACAUCCUUUCGCUGUAA